AUGUAUAAACCGGAAACUAGUUAUGAAGAAUUUUUGAAGUCAGAACAAGAAAAAUAUCCUGAAUUAAAUUUAAAAGACAUCGAAGCGCUAAAAGAGCGGCUGAAAGAAAAUAUUGAUUUACCCCCUAUACGAGACAAAUUAAUCGUCAUGUUCCUCCACAGUAGUUACUUCGAUGUGGACGUGGCGUACAAGACAAUCGUUGCUAAUUGCAAGUACCGUAAAGAACUGCCACAAGUUUUUGAAAAUUACGAUCCAUCGGAUGAAGAGAUGAAACAGGUAUUCGACAGCAUGAGCAUUUCGAUAGUGUCAAAUCCAAGUACCGGCAAACAAGAGCGCAUCCUUUACACAAACUUCAAAAACACCGACCCUCGAGAAUACGACUACGUGCGUUGUGUUAGAUACUUUUUUAUGAUGUUGGAAUAUCUAAUGGCUACAAGCGGCACAUUUGACGGGCUGGUAUUAACAAUGAACAGCAAAGGUGUAUGCUGGCGGCAUGUCACCAAGACGCCGAUGAAUACAAUGAAAAAAUUACUCGGAUUCGUACAAGAAGCAUUGCCAGUGCGACUUAAGGAAGUGCAUGUUUUAAAUGCUGGAAAUAUAAUUAGUAUGCUGUUUAACAUAAUAAGACCGUUUAUGAGGAAUGGUCUUAUGGACCUGUUGACAGUAUUUCCAGAGGGUUCGACAGAAAUUUUUGAUCGCGUACCCAUCGAUAUAAUGCCCCAAGAAAUGGGAGGCAGUGGAAAAUCACAUUAUGAAUAUUGCGAAGAAACGUACAAUCAAAUGGUCUCUGCUCGUGAUUAUAUUUUGUCUCUAUAA